AACCAUUUAAAAAUUCAAUUUGCGUUUGGAGAAAAAAUAAUUGAAAUCAAUUCAGAUUAAUUACAUUUGGCUGCUUGUACAAUCGAGUGAAUUUUCCUCAAAACUUUGGGCACAAUAUAGAGAACAAAAGAUGAGCAGACGACGAAGUACAAUCAUGGGCAGCAGAAGCUGUCGGAGCAAUUGUCCAUUGACAGGCAUUGCCUGUGUGAUGGCCCUGCUGCAGCUGGUGACACCCGGCCAGGGACACACACAUCCUGUGCUCACAUACAAGAAUGCUUCGACGCAGCUGGGCCAGCUGGUCACGUCGAGCACUCUGGUCUGGGAGACGUACGAUCCGAAGGACUCCAAGCAAAUGCAGUCGGCUGUCGAGGGCGGCAAAUACAUCUCGGAUGAGGAGCACUAUCCCAUCUAUGUGUGCCGCGUGACCAUCGAUGGAGUGCGCACCUCUGGCCACACCGAGAAGAAGCAGCAGCGGCACGUCUGCGUUGCAGCGCUCUUCAAGCACGCCAUCAAUGAGAACUUUGAUGUGCUGAUGAAUCGUGGACACCUGGGCAAGAUCGCUUGGAAACAUUGGACGAAGUUCAAUGCGGGCAUCCCGGUCGGCGCCAUUCUCAUUGGCGAUGAGUCCUACAUAGCGCGCCAUCGUGCAGUGCAUCCGCCGAAUGCUGAGGGCGGCGAAUCGCAUCGCGGUGCGGACUACAAUUUGGGACGACUGGAGCCCGUAGGUCUGGGCAAGAUCAAGGUGGCGGAGAACGAUCGGGAAAAGUACUAUGACGAUGGCGAAGUACUUGUGGAAACGGAGCCCUUCAGUUAUGAGCUGCGAGACAUCAAGCUGGACCGCCUGCGCACCAGCCUGCGCGAGAAUAUGACAGAGCUGGCCAGCAGCGUACUGGAGAACCGAGGCGACACUUACGCCACUAUGGAGAAGAUAAUUAGCUACAGCUUUGACUAUCUGCAGUACUGGGGCUCGCAUGAGGGCGUGGCCAAGGGCCUGCCCACCAAGAUCUACGAGAAGAAUGUGGCCACGCCCGCCGAAAUCAAUUGGGCUCUGAAACGUAGUGAGAAGCGGCACGAGAAUAAGGCCGUGUUUAGCAAGCUCUGGCCAGGCACGGCCAUCAAUGUGACGCUGCUCGGCAACUAUGUGACUCUGGAGGCGCCCUACACCGCAAAGCUGUCCGCCUUCUACUACGACAGCGAAAGCGUUUCGCGCAAAAUCAGCGCCGAGGUGCGCAAGAGCUAUUUGAAGGAUGUGAAGAUGGAAUUUAGUCCGGUUUAUUGGAUCGAGAAUGGCACGCUGGUGCCAACGACCACCACCACGUCAACCACAUCGACUACGACACAUGCGACCACAACCAGCACCAACGAGCCCACGCCCAUACAUGAGCCGCCCAUGGUGCGCGUCGAGCAUGUGGGCGAUAAGCAUUCCGGACCCGAUUCGCUGGAGAAAACUUUGAACGAUUCAACCUCAACGAAUGAGGUCAACUCACAUGAAGCGCCAGAGAACAUGUCCUCCAAGGAUGCAGCGCUCGCUGGCUUUGGAGUGGGUGGCAGCAACAACGCGAUAGCUACAAUACAGGCGACAGGAUAUUCAGUGCUGGCGGUCGUCUCGAUAAUGCUGUUAAAUCUGUAGAUGGGCUUUGGGAGGGUCUCCCUCAAUUAGCAUAGCGUUUAAUUGUUGUUGUUGUACCUGUUGUACCCGUCUUUGAGAGCGUGUCGUGUCUCGUGAGCAUAUGUAGAAGACACCGGCCCCAAAAUGGAAAGAUAGGCAGACAUAAUUAAUAAUUGAUAUAUAGGACGCCACAAACGAACAAAGAACGAGACGAUAACCGGUUAGCUUUCUGUGUGGGUGUUCAGUGGAUAUUAGAGGCGAACAAAAGUUGAUAUUUUUAUACUGUCCCCCAAUGCCUGCUUUUUCUUCUAUAUAUAUAUUAAUAUAUAUGGAUAUACAUAUAUGUAUGUACCGUAGCGAAAACAAAUUUUAAGAGAGAAACACAAAACAUUCCUAAACUAGCCCCUCACAAAAGGAAAUGAAUCAAAAGUAAAUUUACAUUUAUAUAUAUAGUAUAUAUAUCUUGAAUACCGAUAAACCAUAUUUAACAUUUUUAAAGCUGCUUUGCAUAGUUCUUUUUUUUUUUUUUUUUUUUGUCUAAUUUUCUGGCUUUUUUAGAUAUUAGUUUGUUAAGCGCAAAAGCAUUCACAAUAAGCUGUAGUAAAAGUAAAUGAAUUAAUUGAUUGGGCGCCUAAUAUAGAAUUGCUAUAAAGAUAUGUACGUUCUAUGAUAUGAUGUAUAUGUAUAUGUCUAAAAUGUAAAAUCUAUGUAAAACAUAAGUAAUAUAUAUAUAUAAUAAUAUAUAUAUACAUUUAAGUGAAAACACUCCAAAUAUGUAAAUUAAUUACUACUUUUAUUUUGUUUGUCUGUGUCCUGCGUCUGCCCUAACCUGAUACUCCCUACUCUUCAGCUUUAUUUUGCUCGAAUUCUUUAUCCUAGUUUAACAUACGCAUGUAUCUUGUAUUUUGUUUUCGAAUAAGCAAAGAAUCUCCCAAAAUAAUUUUACAAUUUUUUUUAAAGUAAACAAAAACAAAAUAAAAACAAAUAAAGCUUGUAAAUUAAAAUUAUUUGAAAACCUGUGUCGAUUAAUAUACUUUUACCGAUUGGCAGUUAUUAAUUAAUUUAUGGAAACACUUGCGUUUACUAUAAGUUAAAUUACAAUUUUGUGUAUAUAUUGUCUAUUUAAAUUUGAAUAUUUUUUCAAACCCGAGUUGCGUCUCUUAGGCAUUUAAAUUCUACACUUUCAACCUGAGUUUAAGCCCCAGCACUCACUUUGCCUAUACCCAAUAUUUAUUUGACUUGUUCUCAAUCUUGUCUGAAUUGAAAUUAAUUUUAAAAUAUUCUAUAAACAAGUUUAUUUCAAGUCAGCUGAUCAAAUUGCUGUCGAUGCGAUAUAAUUUGAUACGAUAUGUUCAUGUGCUGUGUAAACAUUUGCUUGCCUUGUACUUCAAAAUGUUUACAUAACUUGACAUUCAUUAGUUAAAUGUAGCUGAUGGAUGGGUUUUGUUUUCUGUUUUCCUUAUGGAAGUCGCCUCUAACACGAUAGAGGCUGUCGGCUACAUGUGAAGUAAAUGCUUAGCCCAAGGCUAAUUCUAAUAAACUAUCAAACUGUGGGAAAGGAAGUCGGUUUAAAUCAUCAUCAAAUUCAAUUAAUACUACGUUUAGAUAUUUCUCUGCACUUGAAUACCCUCUGUGUCUGUUGGCAGUAAACUUGUUUAAUUGUAAUUAGUUAUUUUAUUGUCUUAACUUAGGCAUUCUUGAGGCGGGCCUUUAACGAGACCUCAAUAUACACCUCAAAUGGUUUCUUUAGGCACCAUAUAAAUCGUUUCUAAUUAUCGCUAUGAUAUAUGCUUGACACAGCGCGUCAUUAGGCACACAUUUAUUACCCAAUUACAACACCUGCAAUUCUAGAUUUAUUUUUCAAUACACUUCAUGUAGUGAACAAGGUAUAUUUAGUUUGUAAUUUAAUUUGUAACAAUAUCGAUACUAACAAAUUUAUUACAGUUCUUGUUGAUCAAUGCCAAAUCUCUGUCUAAAAAUCUUAAUGUACUAGCCAAUGACUUUAUGACCUUUCAAAUAUAAUUUUAAAUUCUUUGCGUA